AUGCGGUUUAGUCACCGGAUUCCUGCCAUCCAAUUGAGCCAAGCAAAUACUAAUCGACACGAAACAUCGACUAUCGACCUGGUCAAGACCUUCACAUAUCAUGUCCCUGUUCGCGGCAUGAACAAGCACCGUCAACCCACCGUGCCACAGGUCGCUUGCGGGUGGCUUCUGCUCGCGUACAAGGCUUGGCGUGAUGACAUCGUCUUUUCCAACCACGCAUGCACAUACUGUACACAAGGAGCAGACUGUGAGAAGAGAGAAACAAAAAAGGACCUCAGCCACCCCAGUUAUUCGGCAGUUACCCUCAGCAUGUCGUGA